AUUCCAACAAACUGCGCCAGCUGCAGCAGCAGCCGCAGCCGCAGCAGCAGCAGCGACAGCCAAAGUGACGCGGAGGCGAAAUCGCACGAGAAGAGCGGCGAUUUCCUCACUUCUACCUCAGAGCAGCAGCAGCAGCAGCAGCAGCUGCUGGUGCUGCAGACGCCUCGCUCCGGUGGGCUUUCUACGGAAGCCGAAGCAGCAGCGCAGCAGCGAGUCCCUCCGCCGCAGCAAGAAGAGCAGCCAGAGCUGCAGCAGAACCCCCAGCCGCAGCAGCAGCUGCAGCAGCAGCAGCAGCAGGGUUUGGGGGCGCAGGAGGCGCUGCAGCUGCAGUGCGUUUGCCUGGAACUUGAGGAAGACAUAGCGACUCUGAAGAGAGCCUGUGGGGAGCUGAAGGCGCUGCUGCAGCAAAUAUUUGAAAAAGAAAAAAUUCCGAAAAAUAAAAAGAUUGACAAAGCAGCAUUUCGGGAGCUCUGGUGUACAGACACCGCAGACGCAGCGCAGGGGGCGCUCGCGGACGAGCUCUUCGGGCUCUGCUGCAGCAGCGCCCGGAGGUACAGGCCCAGCAGCAGCAGCAGCAGCAGCAGCAGCUGCUGCAGCAGACACCGCUGUGGGGCCCCGGAGGCCCUCAGCUUCGCCGAGCUGCUCAACUUGCUGCCCCCGAGGGCCCUCGAGUGUCUUUGGUGCAGCGCAGAGCUGCGCAGAAAGGCGCGGCAGCAGUACCGCUACUUCUGGAUCUGA